GAAUGAACUCAUCAAGCACAAGAGCUGCUUAAACCAAACUUUCGUUACGCGCGCUAUUCAGUGUAACACUUUAGGGUUCUCGACAUGCACAUCCGUCCUGCUUUCCAUGGGGCUCUACUGGGUCUCUGGAUCUGCUUGUUUACUUCAAGCUUCUGCUACGGUGAUGAGAAGACCAUCGAGGCAGCCGGAGGGCCAAGCAAAGUUUUCUCAGAGUUGAAAACAACUGAGGCUGCAGAGCUCAAUGAAGAGGGAAAGUUUGCAGUACUACCACCAAAGCCGUUCUUCAAGAAACCACUUCUGCACAAGGUUCCCACUCUGAAGAAGCCAUUUCCACAAAAGCCGUACUUCAAGAAACCACCUUUACAUAAGAUUCCCAUUGUCAAAAAGCCAUCACCACCAUCUGUUCCUGUUUUCAAGAUCCCACCGUUCAAGAAGCCGAUUCCUUCCCCAAUUCCACAAGAAGAAAAACCUUUUUUGAAGAAGCCAUAUUUCCAUCCAGUUCCAGUUUACAAGAAGCCAAUUUUACCCCCAGUGCCGGUUUACAAGAAGCCAUAUUUCCAUCCAGUUCCGGUUUACAAGAAGCCAAUUUUCCCCCCAGUGCCGGUUUACAAGAAGCCAUAUUUCCAUCCAGUUCCGGUUUACAAGAAGCCAAUUCCCCCCCCAGUGCCGGUUUACAAGAAGCCAUAUUUUCAUCCAGUUCCGGUUUACAAGAAGCCAAUUUUCCCCCCAGUGCCGGUUUACAAGAAGCCAUGUCCUCCACUUCCGGUUUACAAGAAGCCAAUUUUCCCCCCAAUUCCGGUUUACAAAAAACCAUUUUUCCCCCCAGUUCCGAAAUUUAAGAAGCCAGUUUUCUCCCCAGUUCCGGUUUACAAGAAACCAUUUUUCCCUCCAGUUCCAAAAUUUAAGAAGCCAUUUCCUCCACAUGUGGCUCCCUAGUCCUAAGAUAGCUUAUGAAUUUCUCUUUCAACAUGGAAGUCAUAUAUUAGUAUAAAAUAAAGUCUAUCUUACAUAGAAAGAGAAAGACAACGAUGACAAAAAGAAAGAAGAAGGAAAUUACUGUUGUUAGGAUUUUAUCAUGUGCGUGAAAUGAAAUAUAUGUUCUUCA